UUAAGGGUUGUCUUCGUUUUUUUGAUCUCUUACAGGCAGGAGGAACUUGCUCUCUGUCAAAAUGCGGCUUUUUCUCAGUUACAUAUGGAUGUACCGUAGACUUUUAUUGAUUGUACUAACUCCACUGCUUCUACUACCACUUCCUCUAAUCAUCAAAACCAAGGAGGCAGAAUGUGCAUAUGUACUGUUUGUAGUGGCUAUCUUCUGGCUGUCGGAAGCUUUGCCUCUGUCUGUCACUGCUUUUAUCCCAGCCCUAAUGUUUCCAUUGUUCGGGAUUCUACCAUCUAAAACCAUUGCAUCCACGUAUUUCAAAGACUUCCAUCUAUUGUUGACGGGGGUCAUUUGUUUGGCAACCUCAAUAGAAAAAUGGAACUUGCACAAAAGAAUAGCCUUAAGAAUGGUGAUGUUGGUGGGCGUCAAUCCUGGCUGGCUUAUGCUGGGAUUUAUGGUCAGCACUGGCUUUCUGUCCAUGUGGCUCAGCAACACUUCUACUGCUGCCAUGGUGAUGCCAAUCGUAGAAGCAGUAGCACAGCAAAUCAUUAAUGCUGAGGCAGAAGUUGAUGCCAUGCAAGUUAAUUCCUCAGACGGCAUUUACAGUGAAGUGUUUGAACUUGAAGAAAACACAGAUGAGAUAGCUACAAAAAGUUAUCCAGAAAAACAUGAGAAUGGGUAUACUAAUGGAACAAUAACAACAUGGAAUGAUGAAAAAGGCGGAACUGAUGAAGACUGUAAAGAAGAAGCUUGUGAUCAACAUAAAAAACAGGAAGAACAUAAUGCGACUCAAUCCGUUUCAGAAGACAGAUACAGAAGCAAAAAGAAUCAUAUGAUGUGCAAAGCAAUGUGUUUGUGUAUUGCUUAUUCAUCCACACUUGGUGGCCUGACCACAAUUACUGGUACAUCUACUAACUUGAUAUUCGCUGAACAGUUCCAAACGCGCUAUCCUUUGAGUAGAGAUAUAAAUUUUGGAACGUGGUUCGUGCUUUGCCUUCCAGUCAGUAUCAUUCUGAUCCUGCUUUCAUGGCUAUGGCUGCAAUGGCUCUUCUUAGGAUUCAAUUUUAAAGAGUUGUUUAGAUGUGGCAAAGAAAAAUCACAACGAGAAAAGGCUUCAGCAAAAGUCAUCCAGGACGAAUACACAAAACUUGGCCCUAUCAGCUAUCAAGAAAUCAUGACCUUCAUUCUUUUUCUGCUGAUGGCUCUGCUGUGGUUUACAAGAGAUCCCGGAUUUUUUCCUGGGUGGUCCACUCUAUUUCCAAAUUACCGUGGGUUUGCUACUGACUCUACUUCAGCUUUACUGUUGGGUCUCUGUUUCUUCAUCAUCCCCGCAUAUCCUUGGAAAAGAAAAAACGCUGGCAAUAACAAUUCUUUUGAUUAUGCCCCACUCAUCACGUGGAAAGAAUUUCAGGCCUGUAUGCCUUGGGAUAUUGGUAUUCUUGUUGGUGGUGGAUUUGCAUUGGCAGAAGGAUGUGAGGUUUCUGGACUGUCACAGUGGAUAGGGAGCAAGAUGACUCCACUUGGCUCAUUACCAAUUUGGAGUGUGGUUCUCAUUGCAUGUGUAAUUGUGACCUCGGUGACUGAAGUUGCUAGCAAUCCUGCAACAAUUACCAUAUUCUUACCUAUAUUGGCUCCAUUGGCUGAAGCACUACAUGUGAACCCACUCUACAUACUCAUCCCUACAACUCUUUGUACAUCAUUUGCCUUCCUGCUUCCUGUAGCAAACCCUCCAAAUGCCAUUGUCUUUUCUUAUGGUCAUCUACAAGUUAUAGACAUGGUAAAGGCUGGACUGGGUAUUAAUAUAAUAGGAGUUCUUGUUGUGAUGCUGUGUGUAUCGACCUGGGCAAUACCAAUGUUCAAUCUCAACACAUAUCCAUCGUGGGCUCCAAAUAUUGAUCCUACAAACAGCACAUUCCCGAUUACAUCACUCCUGACUACUGCUGGGUGAAAAUACAGAUUAGUACAUGUAGACUAAUAAUCAUCUCCCUAAUACAAGUGUACUACUGGUCAUACAUACACAUCCACCUCAUUUUCUAAGCCUUGGCCUGAGGUCCACAGUAUGGAUAAUGCAUAGUUUAUUGCAAAGACCUGAUUAAUUUUUGAAGAUAGUUAUAUUUCUGGCCAAAGCAGACUGAAUGUACCGUUCAUUUCUAGAUAACCUCUUCUACCACAUUUCUCACCUUUUUUUAUACAUAUAUUUUUUUUUUCAUUAAUAUUAUAAAUGCAUUGUUUAUUUUCAUGGAAAUCCAAUGUGUUAGUGUAUAUGCAAAUAUAUUAAUGUAAUGUACAUAUGUAUAUGUAUUUUAUUUUAUUAUUGUAAAUUGCCAUAUUUAGACAAACUUGUGAGGGCUGCAUAAGUAGAGAUGAGUAAGAAUAGAAUGCAUGUAUACUUUCCAAGAUGUCUACCUCAAGAAAUAUUUCUAUCAUUUAUCAUCACUGAGUGCAAAAUGAAUGGGAUGAGUUGAAACAGCUACACUGUAAUGACUACAAAAAAUGGACCAGCUGCCCUGUCAAGGUCACACAGCUUUGAGAGAUGCUUCUUUAUGCUAAAAAUUCCUGUUCUAUACAUUAUGAUUUGCUUUAUGAACACAGCACAUCUAUAACUAUAUAAGCGUCAUCACUGGCCCAAGUAAACACAAAUGUAAUGUUUCACUUUAGUGUGUCAAGAAAGUAAACUAACCACAACUUUUCUGGCACAGUAUAAAGCUGAUACGUUUUCAUGGACAGCCCUAUAGUAGGCAUAGAAUCAAUGCUUCAGUAACACCAGACUUAGACCCGGUUUACACAGGGGCAGCACGACUUUGGCAGAGACUUAGCAAGGCGAUCUCAAGAUGACUUCAGAGGCGACUUGCAAAAUGA